AUGGGCGUGAGAAAUCUAUGGAAAAUCCUUGAGCCGUGUGCAAAGAAGGCUGAAUUUAAAAACAAAACAUUAGCAGUUGACACAAGCAUAUGGAUGCAUCAUUACAAGUCCAUUCCAGAUAAUAUGGUCGUAUUUUCUAUUUCAAAGCGUAUAUUCAAGAUUCUUUACAAUAAAAUACAGCCAGUAUUUGUAUUCGAUGGUAAACCACCAGCAGCUAAAAAGGAAACAGUUGAAAAAAGAAAGCAAAAUGAAUUGAAAUCGCUAAUCAGAAAGAUAGUUCUUAACAAAAGAUGUAGUAAAUGUGGUGAGCUGCUGAAAGUUUGCAGGCAUAUCAAUGAUUUUGAUGAACCAGAGCUAAAAAAAUUGGACGAAGAAGCCAUUAAUAAAUUAAAACAUCACAAUUAUAACUGGGGUGAGCUUUCAAGCGAGACAAAUGACAUUGUGGAAGAUGGGAAAUAUGAGUCUGUGAUAGACAAUGGCCAGCAGUAUGUUGACUCUUCGAUUUCAAACUUUGACUACGAAAGUAUACGGAAUCUUUCAAAGCAACAGCAACUAGAAAAGCUGAUUGAUCUUAGAUCAAAAAGAAAGCUGCCCAUGGUUUUUGACAAUUCGGAUUUUUCUAGUUUUUGCGAAUCACAGCUUGAAAAUGUUAAAAAAAGAAACAAAAUUACAUCUCUGAUCAGAAAUCUUAACAAAGAUGCAAGGAAAACCAUUCAAUCAGACUGGACUGGAUAUUCAGAGCUUAGGAAGGAUGAAGUAAACAUUUUCAAGGCAUUUUACUAUAAAGAGGAGGAAGAAGAGCAACACAAUCAUUCAAAAGAAAGAUCAGAGAGCUCUGAAGUUGAGCGCUUGUUUGAAAAGCAUCAAAGCGAUGGAUGGGAUGAUGUGUUUGAGAAGUAUGCCAUCCAUUCUUUAAAGAGCACCGAGUGUGAUGUGAAAAGGCAGGCCAAUUUCAAUCUGGCGCUCCUAAAUACUGUGAAUGAUGCUAGUAGCACGGUUUUGUCAAACCACAGGAUGGUUCAUGAGCAAAAUUGCAUCAGAGAUGAGAUGGAAAUUCGAAACCUUUCUAGUCUCGACGAUGCAGGGAUUGGCGUGAAGUUUUGUGGUCUCAAAGAAUAUAUUAGAGAGGGCAUUGUUGAAGACAAUGUUUCCAAGGAAGAUAUUUGUGAGUCCUCAGUUGACGCAGCUGAUUAUUUUGAUGAUUCGAAUGACGACUAUGCACAUCAUAGUUUUGAAAGGGAAUAUGGUCCGUCUGCUAAUAGCAUAGAAUGUGAUUUGUCAAUUUCAAACAAUGAUCUGCAAAGGGUCCAAAGACUGAUUAUUGAACUUCUUGACAUACUUGAGCUUCCACACAUCGAAUGCAUUGGCGAGACAGAUGCGCAAUGCGGAUAUUUGUUUAGGAAAAGACUAAUUGACGGUGUGGUGUCGGAAGACAAUGAUAUGGUACUCCAUGGAGUAACAGUUUACAAAAAUUUCUUUAGAAAAGACAAAGACAUCCUGUCUUUUUCAUAUCAAGAUGUUAUUGAACAGUUGGGUUUGGACCAGGAUUCCUUGAUCAAAAUGAGCUAUCUUCUGGGUUCUGAUUACUGUAUUGGAGUAAAGAGAGUAGGCAUAAAAUCAGUAUUUGACAGGCUGAAGGAUGUUUCUGAGGCAGAAGUUUUAUUUCUUAAAGCAAUUUACACGGAUGAAAACGUAAAGAAAGUUGAUAAGGUGGUUUUUGGAUCGCUAAACAUAGACAAGUUCAGGCACUACUUGCUGGCAAAGGGAUUUGAGCAGCAUAAAAUUGAUGAAUUACUAUUGUAUUGUAAAAAGAUCAUGGAAAACUGCAAGCCAGAAUACUAG